AUGGAGAUGAGGACGCCCGCGCCACCACACACACACAAGACGCAGGACGCACAACAGGCUCGCCUAGCCCUGCGCCGCGGCGACCAACAGAAACUCACAAAACCCAGACGUCGCAAUCUUGUUCUGACUCGGUGGAGAUGGGACAAUUGGGAGGGCUUCAGGCGUUCACGAUUGCGCCAGCGCCGCCUGCGCCCAUUUUCCCGGGUCUGGUUUCCCUCCCCCCUCCCCCCCAGCAAGGCUCCUCAUUCUCGCCCGCGGCGCAAUCGCGCAUCUCGCAGCAGCGCCAGCCCGGCCGGGGAGGGGGAGGGGCCCCUUCGCCACGUGGAGGAUGCAGCGGGAAGAGCGCGAAUAUGCAAGGGGAAGUGUAUCUCGUUGAGCGCUGAGCGACCGCGGUCUAGACGGGCUAGCCGACGCCCAUACGAACGCCCACCCCUCUCUCCACCCAGACUUUCCAGCUUGCCCUUCGCCGGCAAGGACAAAGUGCAUUAUGGGCUGCCAGAGGCUGAACGCAGUCGGCGAACAACUCUCCGGAUCGAGCAUGGCGCGGAGGCCCGUCGGAGUUUCUCCUCUGGCCUGCCACAGCCUGGCGUCGCCGUCGCUAGGGAGGUGUCACACCGGCUAGCCUCUCUCCACUGCGCAGGGCAUUCGGAAAGGGGGGCUAGCUAA